UUGAGCUUUAUUGAGGAGAAGGCAGUCAUGAUGCUGGGCGUUAAAGAAGAUCUGAAAAAGCUGCUGAGGACAAUGGUAAGGAUCCAAAAAGUUUUGGAAGAUGCUGAGAGGAGAAAGCUGGAAGACUCUUCCAUUAACAACUGGGUCAACGAGCUCAAGGAUGUCAUGUAUGAUGCAGAAGACAUUAUAGAUCUCUCUUUAAUCGAGGGCUCCCAGUUGCUGGAUAAAAAUCCUUCUUCCUCUUCAAAUCCUUCCUGCAACUUCUCUUGUUUCUCUUGUUUUCUGUGUGCUCCACAUCGCUAUGAGAUUGGUGAAAGGAUUAAUAGCAUCAAUAGUAGACUUGAAGAGAUUUACAAAGACAGAUUACAGUUCAACUUAGACCAUCAGAACACAAAAACAAAUAUUACAACGGUGAAUAGUCAUCAGACUUCUCCGUUAAUUGCUGAACUUGAAGUAGUUGGACGAGAGAUUGAAGAUGCAACCAAAGAUAUGAUUAAGUCAAUGAUUAGAGGAGAAGUGAGGAAAUUUAGCGUUUUUGCAAUUACAGGCAUGGGAGGGAUAGGGAAGACAACUUUAGCUCAGAAAAUUUUCAACCACAAGAAGGUUCAAACUAAGUUCCAGAUCAAAUUAUGGGUCUGUGUCUCACAAAAUUACAAUGAGAUUGAUUUGCUGAAACAAGUUAUAAGAGGAGCUAUGGCAAGCUAUGGAGAUGCAAAUACUAAAGCCGAGCUUGAGCCUUUACUUAGAUCAGCUGUCUCCGGGAAGAGUGUUUUUCUUGUACUUGAUGAUGUAUGGAGAGCUGAUGUGUGGAUUGAUUUGCUUCGAAGCCCACUUCAUAGUGCGCUGAUUGAUUCUUUGAUCCUAAUCACAAGCAGAGAUGAAAAUGUUGCCAAGCAAAUGGGGAGCGUGUACAUUCACCAUGUCAUUCAACUACCAGUUGAGACUGGAUGGGAGAUGCUUACAAGAAGGCUUGUAAUGAUUGGUGGAAGAGAGGAAGAUAUUUAUAAGUUAAGGGAAUUAGGCAUUCAAAUCGUUGAAAAAUGUCAUGGUGUUCCUCUUGCAAUCAAGGCCAUGGCAGGGGUUCUUGCAAAGAAAGAGCCAAUUGCUAAAGAGUGGAUGAAGAUUCUAAACAAUAAUGCAUGGAACAUGAACAAGCUUCCAGAAGAGAUCAGGGGUGCCUUAUACCUCAGCUAUGAUGACCUGCCGUCGCCCCUGAAGCAAUGCUUUCAUUAUUGCUCACUGUUCCCUGAGGAUUGGAUAUUAUUCCGUGAAGAUCUUGUUAGACUGUGGGUGGCCGAAGGGUUCAUAAAAGAAGAAGGAGAUUCUUUAAUGGAAGAUACAGCAAAGGAAUACUAUCACGAAUUAACUAGGAGAAACCUACUGCAGCUGAAUCCUCUAAACUAUGAUGGCAAUUCAUGCAAAAUGCAUGAUUUGUUUCGAGCUCUUGCUCAGUUCCUAUCCCGUGAUGAAAGUUUUAGCGGAAAUGUUACAGAGAAAAGCACCAUAUCAUUGACAAAGCUAAGACGGUUAGCAUUAACAGGGCAAGGAAAUGCUAUGAUCGUUCUUGAUGCAAUAACUGAGCCGAAAUGUUUGAGAACUCUGUUCAUUUUCAGUGGAUUUCAAGCUCUUGAUUUUAACCAGUUGGCAAGAUUUUUGCACCUUCGAGUUCUGGAUCUUACAGAAAACGAGAUAGAAAGCAUUCCUAAUUUCAUUAGAGAUUUGAUUCAUUUGAGACACCUUGAUCUUGACAGAUCACAUGUAAGACACUUGCCUGAAUCCAUUGGGCGCCUAUCAAACCUACAAUUUCUGAGUCUUUGCGGAUGUAAAUAUUUAACACAUUUGCCACAAAGUAUUACCCAGCUACAAAAUCUAAGGCGAUUGGCUCUUUUAGAUACGCCACUUAGUUUCAUACCCAAAGGUAUAGAGAGACUGAAGCAGCUCAAUGGACUAAAAGGUUUUGUCGUGGGUGAUGACAGUAUCAGUGAUCUGGUUGGAGGAGAACAGAUAAUAAUGCAUAGUAGAUUGAAGGACCUGAGCUCACUUUCCAAUCUCAGCAUCCUGAAUGUAUACAAUCUUGAAAGGGCUCGAUCAGGCUCUUUAGUUCUCCGAGAACUUUCUCGACUCAAGGAACUACAGCUUUCAUGUAGUCCUGUCCAUUGUAAUGACGAAAACAACAGUGAAAAGGAAAUUGUUUUGAUUGAAAAGCUCUUUGAGGAAUUAGUCCCUCCUAAGUCUCUGGAAGAACUCUACAUCAAAUGCUACUUUGGCAAUAGCUAUCCGAAGUGGAUGAUGUCGCUGUCCCUUGGAUCAUAUCUCCCUUAUUUAUCAAUCUUGGAUCUUGUGGACAACAUAUCAAGCCAUCUUCUUCCUCCAUUGGGUCAAUUGCCCAGUUUGAGAAUACUUUAUAUUGCUGGUGGAAAUGCAGUCAAGAGCAUUGGACCAGAAUUUCUUGGUGGAGGUGUAGUAGCAGCAAGGUCUGAGAACAAAAUAGCUUUCCCUUUGCUCCAACUACUCACAAUCCAUCGCAUGGAGAAUCUGCAUGAAUGUUUCUUUUCUUAUGAUGAAGACAAUGAUGGUUCACAGAAACUAGUGCUCUUUCCUCGCUUACAUGAACUUAUCAUUGUGGACUGUCCUAAGCUGAGAUCACUUCCUGGUGAACUAGGUAGAACUGGUUUGAAAAAGCUUUUUGUUACAGGAGCUAGUAGUCUCAAGGAACUUGAAAAUCUCACGCAGUUAUCUGAAUGGAUUGACCUGCAUGAAAACCAAAGCUUGGAAAGGAUCUCUAAUCUUCCUUUACUGAAAUGCCUUACAGUGAGAGGGUGCUACGCUUUAAAAUGUGUGGAGAGUUUGGACGGGUUGCAGCAGCUGGAACUCGUUGAUGACUCCAUGGAUUGUCUACCAGAGUGGUUACUAAGGUUAAUUGAAGAGCUGCUAAGAGGAAGAGAAGCUCAGGAUGAUGGAGACGAUUUCCUGCUUCAGUUAUGGUGCAAUGAAAGGUUGCUUAGAAGAUGUCAGAGAGGAGGGGAAGAUUGGGCUUUCAUCCAACACAUUCCACGGAUGAACGCCUACAUUAAACAGGGAGAAGGAUAUCUGCGAUUCGUCAAGCUACCUUUCUGCUAUGAGACAAACAUUUGAGCUCUAUAACAAUUCGUCAAACAGGGAGAAUAAUAUAAGGAUAA